GCGUCCCGUCGGCUUAGUUUGUUCCGCUACAGGCUCUGGUCUGGCCGCUGCUCCUAGUUUCCGUCCCGCUCCCGGUUUUGGUCCCGAUCCGUCCUGCCGCCAUGCCGUUCUUGGGGCAGGACUGGCGCUCUCCUGGGCAGAGCUGGGUAAAGACGGCAGACGGCUGGACGCGGUUCCUUGAUGAGAAGAGCGGCGGCUACGUGGGCGAUAUCAGCAGCUUUCGUAAGAAGGAUGAUCACAACAAAGAGAAUCUCUUCAACAGCCUGAACUAUGAUGUUGCUGCCAAGAAGAGAAAAAAAGACCUGCUGAAUAACAAAGCCAAGAUCCAAUAUUUCCAUCAGGAGAAGUGGAUCUAUGUUCACAAGGGGAGCACAAAAGAGCGCCAUGGUUACUGCACCUUGGGAGAAGCCUUCAACCGACUUGACUUCUCCAGUGCUAUCCUGGACUCCAGGAGAUUCAACUAUGUUGUGAGGCUGUUGGAGCUGAUAGCAAAGUCGCAGCUGACGUCACUGAGUGGCAUUGCCCAGAAAAACUACAUGAAUAUUUUGGAAAAAGUGGUACAAAAAGUCCUUGAAGAUCAGCAGAACAUCAGGUUAAUACGGGAAUUGCUGCAGACCCUCUAUACGUCCCUCUGCACCUUAGUUCAGCGGGUUGGCAAGUCUGUCUUGGUUGGAAACAUCAACAUGUGGGUGCACCGGAUGGAGAGUAUUCUCCACUGGCAGCAGCAGCUGAACAACAUUCAGAUCACCAGGCCUGCUUUCAAAGGAACCACUUUCACAGACCUGCCAUUGUGUUUGCAAUUGAACAUCAUGCAGCGACUGAGUGAUGGGAGGGACUUGGUUAGCCUCGGUCAGGUAGCUCCUGAUCUGCAAGUGCUCAGUGAAGACCGGCUGCUGUGGAAGAAACUGUGCCAGUACCACUUCACAGACAGACAGAUUCGCAAACGGCUAAUCUUAUCAGACAAGGGGCAGCUGGAUUGGAAGAAGAUGUAUUUCAAGCUCAUAAGGUGUUACCCACGGAAGGAGCAGUAUGGUGACACACUGCAGCUGUGCAGGCACUGCCACAUUCUCUCCUGGAAGGGUACUGAUCACCCUUGCACAGCCAACAACCCGGAGACUUGCUCCACCUCCCUUUCGCCGCAAGACUUUAUCAACUUGUUCAGGUUCUGAACUCUGGUCACGGCAGCUUGUGCGAUUCUUACAGGACACUUUAUGCCACUGAGCUUGGACACUCCAUCUGUAAAUAGUGUAAAUAUUCAUGUCUGUUUGAAGCUCCUGAGUCAAGGAACAAGAGGAUCUUGGAGAUGGAAGGUGAAAUCGCUCACUGAUGCACGGCACUUAAGGAAUACAGACUUCCAUAGAACUGGUGUAUAAAUGCAGCACGUUGUACAGAGUCCCUUUUUUAUGAUCAGAGUACAAGAUACAGGGCAAAAAAAACCCCAUUCUUUUUUAAUUUUACUUUUAGAAGUUAAAAAAUCAUUUGUCCCAUAACCAUUUAAGAACUCUUUUGGUUUGUCUCUAAUAAGAGAGCAAUAUGAGGCUAGGACUGUUGAGCUGUGUCUCCAUCUGGUUUUAUUUAGCCUACAUAUUUAUAAAUACAACAUUUUAAAAUAUUUAUGAAAAGAAAAAAAAAUCCCUGUGACAAGUUUAAUAAGACUUCUGGUUUUCAAAUGGGCACAUUCUGAAGUAGUUAGGAUAGAACUCCAGCCUACUUGCGAGAGAGAAUCGCAAGCUACCACUUUCUACCUCUGAUAGAUUGAGUACCUUGCAAACAAAAAUCUGGUGUACAGUGUGAAAUUUUGUAUUUUGUACAAUGAUUUAAAGGGAGAUGUUUGUGACAGUAAGCAUCUUUUUUUGUAUUAAUGCUUACCUCUUUACAUUAGUUUUCUUGCUCUACUCAGUGCUUGAAUUGCCUAGAUGAUAGGCACCAUAUAAAUACCUAAGACUUCACUCCAUCCUCUUGAUUUCUUGGGUUUAUGAAAGACUUUAGCAAAAGGGAAAAUGGAAGCCACAAGGAUAAAGAUUAUUUCAAAGGGAGAAAGUUCUAUGAUAGAGAAAUAAAAGACUGGAUUGAAUCUCACAAUGUAAAUUUGUCUCAACUCCACUAGGUUACUUGCACUGGUUGAAAUACCAAGCGAGGUUAGCAUCUGGUUCUUUGUGAUUUCCAACAUCUACACUGCUCUGUAUUCCUACUGCUGUCAAGUGAAUUCAGUCAUCUUGGAGCUGAUAAAAUACAGGGAGAUGUGGGCCAUUGAGUCCGGUGGAAUGAUGCGUGCGGUUUUUAUUUGCUAGCAGAUUGGUAUCAUGUUUAAUUUCAGAUUACUGGAUCUUAGGGUGGCAAGUGAGACAGCAUGAAGAAAUGGGUCCUUGGUUUACUAAAAACAGCAGUUGGGACUGGCAUAAGCAAGAGAUUUCUGACAUGGCACUUGACAUAUUUAGUUAUUUCUCUCUGCCUGUGGCUAGGACCCAGUCUAGUCCCUUCUGCUUCCAGUGCUGAGCUUCUAACGCUAGCUUGGAUCUAAAUUUUUAGUCCUGUAGAGUGAGUGGCCAAGAUAACUACACUGUGACUGUAACCUGGCUCACUGUCUCCUCUACAUACAAUGCUUAACUUUUCCCUACAGUGGAGCUGGAAGAAUCCAGUUUAUGUACAAUAAUUUGAAAACCUGCAGUGGAAAGUUUCUUGCCAUUUGCUGGUAGGUUCUUGUGUAUAGCACUCUCUCUGCAGGUGAUUAAACAGGAUACCUCUGAAGGGCAGAUGUUUAGUGGGUUGUGUGUGACUAUCUACAAAGAAUUGAGGAAGAGGAGUACUCAGGACAAUUCAGGAAGAACUACUUGAGUUAAUUUUUGAUAAAUAUUCUGUUCCUUUUAUAAGUUUUUAUAACUGACUUUCAACACUCUUUGCAGCUGUUUAUAUUUUUAAACAAUUGACAGUAUUUGCAUUUUUGCAAACUAAAUCAUUUUGCAUACUCAUGGAAGAGACACAAAGGGAAAAAAAGCUGCCUCUAGAUGGAACAGUGGGGAGGGAGUAGGAAAACCAGGAAAAUGCUGACAAGAAAUGCCUUUAUGCCUUCCAACAGCAAAUGCAAGCUUUUACUCUUCCAGAGAGCUCUGUGAGCCUGUGCCACCAUUAGCCAUGGCCCAGAGCUUGGCACUGUCCAGAGAGGAAGAGAAAAUAACGUGGGAUAGGGAGCUUUAUCUUGGUGUGGAUGCCUCAUCCAUCAGUUUGACUCCUGGCAGAAAGCAUGUGCUGCCUGAUAAUAUUCAUGCCAACUGAAAGUGAUUUAAAAGCUGUUACCUUGGAAAAAUGUAUUUAUGCUUGUCUAGGGGGGAUGUUUGUGAGUGAAGGAGGCCAGUUUGCUGCUGUUCCUACACUGGCAGGGGGUAGGUGAGGCUGAAAUCUGAUUUGGUGAAUGAGGACAUGAAGGACAGAUGCCUGCAAGUGAAGAGAGUGAAGCAUUGGUGCUGUAUUUGGGUAUUAUAGCUCUUUUUUUCUAGUGGUGAGAAGACCUGUUCCUCUUGGUAUCUUCUGAUGCCUGUUUUUAGCUCUGACUUGGGGCUGGUGUGUUUCAUAGUCUUGCCUUUGGUUCCUGUAGUGAACCAACCCAUUGUGAUGGGGAGGCAUGAGUAUUUUGGUAUGAAAUGCUAGGGAGUUCUGCCUAGUCUGAGUCUGUGCUUACCAGGUGUCACUUAUCCACUGUGAGAUUGUGACACUGGGUGAAUUUUAAAUUCAGGUUUGACUCUGGCCUAGUGCAUUCCCUGCACAGCAAGACAAAAUCCCAGCUUUUAGCUGCAGUUCAGGAAUCUCAGCUCCAGCCAGUGCCUCCAUCAGCCUUUCACUGGUCUUGCAUUUGUCUUUUGCUCAGAGACCAUGAGUCAUGCUGACAACAAACAAUGUGCAGCUGAGGCUCCUGUUUGUAAAGCUGACUUCAGUUGGUGGUUUUUAGCACUGUGUAAUCUUAAAGGAUCAAAGUGCUGAAGAUGAUUUAUUAAUACAUAUGGGCACUUCACUUGCUCAUGUGAGGUCCUGAGAUAUUGUUGUCAGUAUCCAGACCAGAAAACCAAACAACUGUCCUGGUGAAGAACAAAAUAGGCUAAAUUUAAAAGAAACUGAGUAAGAGUCAUUCAGUUACUGCCUCAGUCAUUACCCUCCUGCCACAGUAACUGUCAAGAAAGACCUUGAUCUCUUUUGGGAGACUCCUUGUUUCUCAAGUGGCUGGUACAUGGAGAUGAGACAUUGUGAGUUCAGUGCUCUUGUAUUUAAAGCUAAGUGUUGCUGCAUCCGAGUACAUUAGUCUAACCAUUUACAAAGAGAUUGGUAUUUUAGUGAUGCAUCAGUUUGGCAGAGGAUGGCAGAGUAACAAAACUGACAGUGGUAACAGGGGCUUCCAGGCAGAGUGGUUUAAGACUUCUCAUGCAAAAAAGACCUCUGUCUUAAGACAGUUGUAACAAAGCUGUUGGGAAGGCAGACUCUUGAUUGUUCUGGAAAUGGAAUGUUCUUUUCAAAUAUUGCAUCUUCCACUUGGCUGAUGCAUUCUCAUUAGAUGUGCAUCAGUUCUUACACUAGGAAAGGGCUUUCUUCUCUUGGGGAGUUUCUCCUGCCAGCAUAACCAGAGAAGUCUCAAUAUCUUCAGAAGAUGUGUUAACUAGUGCAACAGUGUAGAAUGUGGUACUGUGGAGAGGAAAAAAUAGAGCCAUGCACGGGAAGAGGCUUAGGAAGGAAGAUACCCCAGAGAUGUUCCAGCUUUGUAGAAGAGGCAAGUAUUUGGAAUUCAUUUUAAUAUGAUGGCCACUUGAAGAGGCGUCAUUUCAGCUGUACAUACCUUAAAGCUGUUUGUACUGAUUAUGAUAUGGUAGAGUUUGGUCAUAAAAUGAGUGCACCUCCUCUUACAUUGUUUGGGUUUCUUUUUUUAUUUGUAGGAUUUUCUAGAUCCUUUUAUUUUGUAAAGUGAUUAGGAAAACUUAUUUUGCUCUGAUGAUAGUGCUUAGUAUGUGAACAUUUAAUUGCACCCUGCCACUUUCUGUAUAUGGGAAUAUCAGUUUUACUAUUUUCCUUUGCCCUCAGGUAUUGAAAUGCUUUGUGGUCUCAUUUCUGUUUGACUUAAAUUACUCUUACAAAGCUGUUACCUUCUAGAACAUAUGCAGGUACUAAAGCAGCUUUCCCUGCCCAGAAAAUUUCUCAAUAGUUAGAAUUUGAUUUAGAGCAGGAACACUUCAAAUUCUGCUAUGUAGAUAAUAAAUCAGACAUUGUCUCCUGCUCGAUACAGCAAACCAGCAUUAUCCUCUGCGGUUAUUCUUGCAAACCUGUUGCACAGCUUCCCAUAGAUCAGCAUCUUGCCAAAAAGACAUAGCUUUAAAUUAAAAUGCCACUCUUCCUAGCUGGCCUGUUUGCAGAAACAUAGACCCUGUGGAGCUGAUGGCUGAUCAGACUGAUAAAGAUGUCCUCUUGCAAGGUUUGGGGCUCUGGUGUUCUGCUUGUGCUACUUUCAUCAAAUCAUUGUUCAUAAUGAUGCUUGCUAAAGGCUCUGAGGAUGUGGACAACCAUCCACACAGCUGUCAGCAUAUGGCUGUUGGGUAGUGGCUCUUUACUGGUGCCCAAUUUUUAUCCCAUGUCUUCCUUCAGUGAUAUUUUUUGUUGGUAGUAAAUUUGGUCUGCAGAUCUGGCCCUAGGGUGAACAAAGCCUUGCUGCAUGCAGCUUCUACUGAACACCAGAGAUUUUCCCCCUCCACUGUCCAAGUGUUCCUGCCCUUCCUGGGUGGAACCUCUAUUUCUUUAGCCAUAGUGGACUGCACAGAAUGCUAACAGGUCUGCUAGCAAGAGAACAUUUUCAAUUGAGAUGGCAAAUGGGCUCAUCUUUAGGAAUUAAUUUACAGUGAUUAUAACUAUUUACUUACAUGUAAGAGAGCGUGUGUUCUUUUUUUUUUGUUUUCUUAAAGCUGUAACUAGAGAUGAAGUGAAAGGCAACCAUAUAUAAUAAGACUUCUGUUUAAUAUUGUGUGGUUAAACUCCUUCCAUUAUAAAUUUGCACACUUUUAUUUUUUUCUUCUACCCUUGCAUGUUCAACUCUGAUUUUUAGAGCUGUUCUGUGCAGACAGUCAUGUAUUUUUGUAAAGCAUUUUGACACUGAAUUGCAAUAAAUGUUCAAACAAUGUGAACCAAA